UGAGGUGGGGGCGCCGGGCCGGCGGGCGCCUGCGCAGAUCCGGGCGUCCGCUCUCCGUCGCUGCGGGAGGGCGCGGGGGCCCCGGGCGAGCCCAUGGAGCGGCAGAGCGGCUCGGAGGCGGAGCGGGCAGAGGGGGAGGCGGAGCGGGCAGAGAGCGAGCCCGAGGUGAAGAAGCGGCGGCUUUUGUGCGUGGAGUUUGCCUCGGUCGCGAAGUGCGACCCUGCCGUGGCUCAGUGCUACCUGGCGGAGAACGACUGGGAGAUGGAAAGAGCGCUGAACUCCUUUUUCGAGCCGCCCGCGGAGGAGAGCGCCGCGGAAAGCCCCCCUGGCACGGCGGCGGGGCCCGAGUGCUGUGUUGACCUAACAAAUGAAGAGACAACUGAUUCCGUUAGUUCUAAAGCCAGUACAUCUGAAGGGAUUCAGCAAGAAGACGGCAGCGUGUUCUCUUUCAUUACCUGGAAUAUUGAUGGAUUGGAUCUAAACAGUCUGCAAGAGAGGGCUCGAGGGGUGUGUUCCUAUUUAACUUUGUACAGCCCAGAUGUGAUAUUUCUACAGGAAGUUAUUCCCCCGUAUUGUAGCUACCUAAAGAAGAGAGCAAGUAGUUAUGAGAUGAUUACAGGUAAUGAAGAAGGAUAUUUCACAGCUAUAAUGUUGAAGAAAUCGAGAGUGAAAUUUAAAAGCCAAGAGAUUAUCCCUUUUCCAAAUACAAAAAUGAUGAGAAACCUUUUGUGUGUGUAUGCAAGUGUGUCGGGAAAUGAACUUUGCCUUAUGACUUCUCAUUUGGAGAGCACCAGAGGGCAUGCUAAGGAACGAAUGAAUCAGUUAAAACUGGUUUUAAAGAAAAUGCAAGAGGCUCCAGAGUCAGCUACAGUUAUAUUUGCGGGAGAUACAAAUUUAAGGGAUCACGAAGUCACCCAGUGUGGUGGUUUACCCAGCAACAUUUUGGAUGUCUGGGAGUUCUUGGGCAAACCUAAGCAUUGCCAGUAUACAUGGGAUACACAAAUGAACUCUAACCUUGGAAUAUCUGCUGCCUGUAAGCUUCGUUUUGAUCGAAUAUUUUUCAGGACAGCAGCCGAAAGUGGCCAUAUUGUUCCCCAAAGUUUGGACCUCCUUGGAUUGGAAAAACUGGACUGUGGUAGAUUCCCUAGUGAUCACUGGGGGCUUCUGUGCAACUUAGAUGUGAUCUUGUGAAAUGCUUUCCAAAUAAGAGUUUUCUGCCUUCUGAGUAAUUUUGUUCUGGAUUUUUGCAAAUGUAAUUUCUACCUGUCUGGAAAGGUGGGUCAUAUGGAGGAAUUAAUAUACUACGUCAUUGUAACAGGAGAAAAUACUACUGUGAUUCUUAUUUUGUGGAUUGCAUCCUCAAAUUUCAGAGCUAAAUAUUGAUGUUGAUUUAAACUCAAGCAUACAGAGUAUGAGACUAAUUCAUAAAGGCCGCCAAGACCAUCAGAGCUUCUGAUACUGCUCAGAGCUGCCAGCUGGUUCUCAGCAGGGCCACAUUGUCUCUGGGUUAGCCUUUAUAUUAUAUUUUUAAAAUCAGGCACCAAAUAGUUUAUAUCUAAGUAAAUCUUUAAAAAUAAGACGUUACUGUGCUUGGAGGAUUGGAUCUUCCAAUUCAGAUAAUCUUAAGUGAAAAAGCCAUGAUUAUGUGCAUCUAAGUAGGUGGCAACUAUCCUACAGCAGACCUCAUUUUUGUCAGCUAACAGUACAUGAGCGGUAAGCUGUAAAUGAAAUCUUCUGAUUUGAAAUGCCUUUACUAUUUAAAAUUCAUGUUUGUCAACAUGUUGCUCUUCAUUUUGCCAAAAUCAGGCUUGAUAAUGAUUAAAGUUGGUGUUACAGCUGCAUUGGACUUUUUUCCUAACAGAAAAUAAAUUUUUAAAGAGGAAUAGCCUUUUAGAUUUACUUCUUAUACAGCUGAAUUAUUUUACAGGAGAGGGAUAAGGAGCACAUUUCAGUGUGCUUUAAAGAAAUUUUCCCCCCCAUAAAAGGAAUGUACUUUAAAUAAAGAAUUUUACUUGUUUAUA